AUGUAGAACAAAUACUAGAGCACCAUUCCUGCCACUUUACCUUAGUUAUAGUAUGGAUAUAACGAAUUAGAACCUGUCUUGACAGCUAACCUUUUGUAGAUCCACCAUGGCAAGCAUCACCAAGCUUACGUUAACAAUUUGAAUACCAUUUACGAAUAAAUUGCUGAAGCUUAAAAGAAGAAUGAUGUACACAAGAUUGCUUAAUUACAAUCUGGUUUAAGAUUUAACUUGGGUGGUCAUAUUAACCACGCUAUUUACUGGGAUAAUCUUGCUCCUGUAUCCAGAGGUGGUGGUGUCCUCCCUGAUUAAAACUCUCCCCUCACCAAGGCCAUAUAAGAAAAAUGGGGCUCAUAUGAAAACUUCAUUUAAAUCUUCAACGGUCGUACUGCUGCUAUCCAAGGAUCUGGUUGGGGUUGGCUCGGUUAUGAUACUGUCAACAAAAGUUUAAAGAUGUUCGAAUUAGGUAAUUAAGAUAUGCCUGAAUGGAAUAGCGUCAUCCCUCUUUUGA